UUGUGGGAUUGGAUGCUAUUGACAUAGCGACAGGAGUUUUCAUUGAAGAACAGUCUUGUUUUCAUCAAUAACGUUGGGUAAUUUGUCAUUUCAGCAUCUGCCAUGAACGGGUCUGUGGCCAAAAAGACCCAAGACACGUUAGGGAAAGUUAUAAAGAAACCGCCGCUUACUGAAAAACUGCUCAGCAAACCGCCGUUUAGGUAUCUGCACGACAUAUUCAGUGAGGUGAUUCGGACCACUGGCUUCAUGAAGGGACUCUAUGCAGAGACUGAGAUGAAGUCAGACAAUGUAAAGGAUAAGGAUGCUAAGAUAGCGUUCCUGCAGAAGGCCCUAGAUGUGGUGAUGCUGGUGAACGGCGAGCCCCUGUCGGUCAAGCCAGCGCGCAUUGUAGCCGGCCAUGAGCCUGAGAGGACCAACGAGCUGCUACAGGCCAUCGCCAAGUGCUGCCUCAACAAGCUGUCCAGUGAGGAGGCGGUGAAGCGGGUGCUGGCCGGGGACAAGCUGGACCCCAAGGGGAAGGCCAGCUCCUCCCGGUCCCAGGACAAGGAGAACAGAGAGGGACGAGACCAAGUGGAGAAGGCGAUCCGAGAGCACAGCGCCGGGGGUAGGGAGCAGAAGGACCCAGACCUGCCCAAAGAGCAAGAGGGCAGGCGGGGCGACAAGGAGAAGGAGCGCCACCGCGACAGAGAAAGGUCAAAGAAGAGCCGCGAUCCAGACCGUACCAAAGACCGUGGCAAGGACAAGAGCCGGGACCGAGAGUGGGACAAAGACAAUGAAAGAGAGAAAGACGGAGAACGAGACAAGGAGAGGGACAGAGACAGGGAAAAAAGCAAAGACAAGGAGUCGCACAGAGGGAGAGACCGAGAGAGGGAUAAGGAGAAAGAUUUAAACCCGGAUAAACGGCGAGACAAGGGAGAGAAGGAGAGAGAGCUCCGACACAAACAGGGGGAGGAGAAAACCAAAGUGCCAGAGAAGGGUGACAAAAAGGCCAGAGCGUCAGAGGACACAAAACACAGACCACAUCCAGAGGAGCCCAGUAAAACGGCCAAACCUGAACCAGCGCCCAUUGAAGAUGCAUCUGAAGAGACAGCGGAAGUCACAUACAAGCAGUCUGACAGUCCAGCCAGAAUACCUCGGCCUUCGUCUGCCAAGGGGCAGAGGCGCUGGCCCAAAGCAGGAGGCCAACAAGAAGAGUUUGACGGUGAAGAUGGAGACACACCGUUGGCACAGAGGCCGGUCCCCCUGGAGAACGGAGAUGCCACAGACGCAGUGCCAGCCCACAGGAGGAUACCUCGGCCCAGCAGCGCCCGGCCUGCCCCUCCUCGGUUCAAGAGGCAGGAGAGCUACACUGACGUGACCCCAGCUGAAAGGCUGACCAGUGCCAAGCCCCCGGCGGCCGUCAUCACGGAGGGUAAGAAGCUUUCUGAGGAUGAAGAUGAGCAGUUUGUGGUGUUGGAGGCCGCCCCUCCUCCCCCCGACAUGCCCGAGAUGGAGCCAACAGUGGAACUCCAAGGCGAUGAGAAUCAUGGUGGGCUGGUGAAAAAAAUCCUUGAAACCACGAAAGACUUUGAAUCAUCACCAUCAUCUCCAAAGUCCAAAGACCAGACCCAGAGCCUGGUGUCGGAGGCGUCCAGGAAGAAGGAGCGGGACCUGGUGUCGAGGGAGAUUGAGCGGCUGCGCUCGUCCAUCCAGACGGUGUGCCGCAGCGCCUUGCCCCUCGGCAAGAUCAUGGAUUACAUCCAGGAGGACAUGGACGCCAUGCAGAACGAGCUGCACACCUGGAGGAGGGAGAACAAGGAGCAUGCGCAGGCCCUGCUGCAUGAACAGAGAGUGACGGACAGCGCGGUGGAGCCUCUGAAGGCCGAGCUAGCCGAGCUUGAGCAGCUGAUCAAGGAGCAGCAGGACAAGAUCUGCGCCGUCAAGUCCAACAUCCUGAAGAAUGAGGACAAGAUCCAUAAGAUGGUAACCAGCAUCAACUUCUCCUCGCGAAUAUGAGGGGGAGCCAAGGUCCAACUAAAGGAUUAUCGCCCUUAAAAAAGGACAAAAAGUUCAGGGUGAGCCUGGUUCUUACUUAGUCUGGUGAAGUCCGAAAUGGAGGCCUCAACUGCACUUUUACACACACCCACACUGACUGACUGGUUAGGGGAGAGAGGGUUCGAAGUCAACCCCCUAGGGAGGGAGAGAGAGACGCAUGUUAUUUUGCUAGUGCUCCAUCCACUUUAAGUUGAUUAACACACCUUUACUACACUGAACAAAAAUAUAAACGCAACAUGUAUAGUGUUGAUACGAUGUUUCAUUAAAUUAAAAUAUCCAUACGAACUAUUACCAUAGUUCUCUCAAAUUUGAUGCACAAAUUUGUUUAGAUCUCUGUUAGUGAGCAUUUCUUCUUUUCUCCUCCAUUUCUCCAUCCACCUUAUAGGCGUGGCAUAUCAAGAAGCUGAUUAAACAGCAUGAUCAUUACACAGGUGCACCUUGUGCUGUGGACAAUAAAAAGCCACUUUAAAAUGUGCAGGUUUGUCACACAACACAAUGCCACAAAUGUCUCAACUUUUAAGGGAGGGUGCAAUUGGCAUGCUGACUGCAGGAAUGUCCACCAGAGCUGUUGCCAGAGAAUUUAAUGUAUUAUUUCUCUACCAUAAUCUGCCUCCAACAUUUGGCAGUUCUUCCAACCAGCCUCAUAACUGCAGAACACGUGUAACCACGCCAGCCCAGGACCUGCACGUCUGGCUUCUUCACCUGCGGGAUUGUCUGAGGAUGGGUGGGAGGUGUGCUGAGAAGUAUUACUGUCUGUAUUAAAGCCUUUUUGUGGGGAAGAAUCAUUCUGAUUCGCUGGGCCUGGCUCCCCGGUGGGUGGGCCUAUGCCCCUUUAGUCCCACCCAUGGCUGCAACCCUGCCCAGUCAUGUGAAAUCCAUAGAUUAGGGGCUAAUGAAUUUCUUUCAAUUGACUGAUUUUCUUAUAUGAACUGAAACUUAGUCCAAUUUUUGAAAUUGUUACAUGUUGCGUUUAUUUUUGGUCUGUAUAGUUUCUUGUUUUUUGACAUUACAUACUGUAUGCGUUGUGGGAAUAAGACUUGAUAUUGGAGUUCUUUUACAGCUUCAAGCAAAGGGCACAUGGACCAAGCCAAUACCCUCCACAUCUACUUGAUAUACAUUUGAUACAGACAUCUGUAAUUUUUUAACAUGUCUGUCUAUCAACAAUUCUGUUUACCUGAAGCUUCUUCAAAGCCUGUACAAAGCAAUAGAUCUGAGGUUUGCUGAGGAGCUAGGGACGCCACGAGCAGGAGACAUGGCAGUCCUUUGACUCUUCCUUAUGUCAACCACUAUGCUUGUCCCAGAUCUGUUUGUGCGUUCUGGCCAAGGUCAGCAAGACAUCAAAAACAGACCUGGGAUCAGGCUAGUCAAGCACCACUGUGCUUUGAGAAAUUGGGUUAGUAUAGAACUGUGUCCACUCAUUGAAAGAGUAGCGUUGGAGGUAAAAGUAACAUGACACUUUCAUAGAUGAAAAAUAUAUAAAUAUAUAUACACUACCGGUCAUACUCAUUCAAGGGUUUUUCUUUCUUUUUUUAACCAUUUUCUACAUUGUAGAAUAAUAGUCAAGACAUCAAAACUAUGACAUAACACCUAUGGAAUUAUGUAGUAAGCAAAAAAGUGUUAAACAAAUUGAAAUAUAUUUGAGAUUCUUCAAAUAGCCACCCUUUGCCUUGAUGACAGAUUUGCACACUCUUGGCAUUCUCUCAACCAGCUUCACCUGGAAUGUUUUUCCAACAGUCUUGAAGGAGUUCCCACAUAUGCUGAGCACUUGUUGGCCGCUUUUCCUUCACUCUGCGGUCCAACUCAUCCAAAACCAUCUCAAUUUGGUUGAGGUCGGGGGAUUGUGAAGGCCAGGUCACCUGAUGCAGCACUCAUCACUCUCCUUGUUGGUCAAAUAGCCCUUACACAGUCUGGAGGUGUGUUGGGUUAUUGUACUGUUGAAAAACAAAUGAUAGUCACACUAAGCCCAAACCAGAUGGGAUGGCGUAUCGCUACAGAAUGCUGUGGUAGCCAUGCUGGUUAAGUGUGCCUUGAAUUCUAAAUAAAUCACAGACAGUUUCACCAGCAAAGCACCUUGUUAAAGUUAGUUUCUUUGUUCCUUGUCAAUCAUUGGCUCAUUGGUUAAAUUAGCAUUAUGACAAUAUCUUCAAUUAAAUCAUUCAAAAACCUUUAUUAAUGCAAUUGCAGACAUAAGUUGACACUCGGAAACAUGCGUUAUGUUCCUGUUAAGUUCUGCAUCAAAGAAAAUGUCCCAAGUUAUUUUAUUAAAACUAAAGUCCAGCCCUAGUGAUGUCACUGCCUACGUCAUUAUCUUCUACAGUCGUGGCCAAAAGUUUUGAGAAUGACACAAAUAUUAAUUUUCACAAAGUUUGCUGCUUCAGUGUCUUUAGAUAUGUGUCAGAUGUUACUAUGGAAUACUGAAGUAUAAUUACAAGCAUUUCAUAAGUGUCAAAGGCUUUUAUUGACAAUUACAUGAAGUUGAUGCAAAGAGUCAAUAUUUGCAGUGUUGACCCUUUUUCAAGACCUCUGCAAUCCGCCCUGGCAUGCUGUCAAUUAACUUCUGGGCCACAUCCUGACUGAUGGCAGCCCAUUCUUGCAUAAUCAACGCUUUGAGUUUGUCAGAAUUUGUGGGAUUUUGUUUGUCCAUCCACCUCUUGAGGAUUGACCACAAGUUCUCAAUGGGAUUAAGGUAUGGGAAGUUUCCUGGCCAUGGACCCAAAAUAUUGAUGUUUUGUUCCCCGAGCCACUUAUCACUUUUGCCUUAUGGCAAGGUGCUCCAUCAUGCUGGAAAAGGCAUUGUUCGUCACCUAACUGUUCCUGGAUGGUUGGGAGAAGUUGCUCUCGGAGGAUGUGUUGGUACCAUUCUUUAUUCAUGGCUGUGUUCUUAGGCAAAUAGUGAGUGAGCCCACUCCCUUGGCUGAGAAGCAACCCCAUACAUGAAUGGUCUCAGGAUGGCUUACUGUUGGCAUGACACAGGACUGAUGGUAGCGCUCACCUUCUCCGGACAAGCUUUUUUCCGGAUGCCCCAAACAAUUGAAAAGGGGAUUCAUCAGAGAAAAUGAUUUUACCCCAGUCCUCAGCUGUCCAAUCCCUGUACGUUUUGCAGAAUAUCAGUUUAUCUUUGAUGUUUUUCCUGGAGAGAAGUGGCUUCUUUGCUGCCCUUCUUGACACCAGGCCAUCCUCAAAGUCUUCGCCUCACUGUGCGUGCAGAUGCACUCACACCUGCCUGCUGCCAUUCCUGAGCAAGCUCUGUGCUGGUGGUGCCCCGAUCCUGCAGCUGAAUCAACUUUAGGAGACGGUCCUGGCGCUUGCUGGACUUUCUUGGGCGCCCUGAAGCCUUCUUCACAACAUUUGAACCGCUCUCCUUGAAUUUCUUGAUGAUCUGAUAAAUGGUUGAUUUAGGUGCAAUCUUACUGGCAGCAAUAUCCUUGCCUGUGAAGCCCUUUUUGUGCAAAGCAAUGAUGAUGGCACGUGUUUCCUUGCAGGUAACCAUGAUUGACAGAGGAAGAACAAUGAUUCCAAGCACCACCCUCCUUUUGAAGCUUCCAGUCUGUCUGAACAAUAUUGAACUUCAUAAUGUGUAUAUAUUGUUAAUCUGUAGUCUAGGACCCUAUAAAUGUAAGGAGGGAGGGGCCUUAUAACCCUUCCCCUUCUAUUAAUACAACGUAAGCAUAAUCAAUUAUAAUACAUCAAACAUUUGGUACAGCCCCUAUCAUGACCCCUAGGUGAACCCCUUUCAACCCCCACACCAUAACACCUCCUCCAUGCUUUACAGUGAGAAAUACACAUGCCGAGGUCAUCCGUCUCACAAUGACACGGCAGUUGGAACUAAAAAUCUCAAAUUUGGACUCCAGACCAAAGGACACAUUUCCACUGGUCUAAUGUGCAUUGCUUGUGUUUCUUGGCCAAGCAAGGCUCUUCUUCUUAUUGAUGUCCUUUAGUAGUGGUUUCUUUGCAGCAAUUCAAUCAUGAAGGUCGGAUUCACACAGUCUCCUCUGAACAGUUGAUGUUGAGAUGUGUCUGUUACUUAAACUCUGAAACAUUUUAUUUGGGCUGCAAUUUCUGAGGCUGGUAACUCGAAUUAACUGAUCCUCUGCAGCAAAGGUAACUUAUCCUUCCAUUCCUGUGGCGGUCCUCAUAAGAGCCAGUUUCCUCAAAGGGCUUGAUGGUUUUUGCGACUGCCCUUGAAACUUUCAAAGUUCUUGAAAUUUUCCGUAUUGACUGACAAUGUCUUAAAGUCAUGAUGGACUGUCGUUUCUCUUUGCUUAUUUGAGCUGUUCUUGCCAUGAUAUGGACUUGGUAUUUAACCAAAUAGGGCUAUCUUCUAUAUACCCCCCUACCUUGUCACAACACAACUGAUUGGCUCAAACGCAUUAAGAAGGAAAGAAAUUUCACAAAUUAACUUUUAGGAAAGCACGUGUUAAUUUAAAUGCAUUCCAGGUGACUACCUUAUGAAGCUGGUUUAGAGAAUGCCAACUGUGUGCAAAGCUGUCAAGGCAAAGGGUGGCUAUUUGAAGAAUCUCGAAAUAUAAAAUAUAUUUAGUUGUUUACAAAUGUUGGGUUACUACAUGAUUCCGUAUGUGUUAUUUCAUGUCUUUACUAUUAUUCUACAAUGUAGAAAAUAGUAAAAUAAAGAAAAACCUUUGAAUGAGUAGGUGUUCUAAAACUUUUGAAGUUGUCACUUGUGUUUUUAUGAUGACAAUUUGUAGACACUGCCCAAAUUGCAUGUGGAAACUUUGUGGUUUCAGAGUUCAUAACAUGAUUGCUCUUUCAUCUGAAUUGGUUUUCGAAAAAACGUAUCCCCACCUAGUGAAUAUGACAUGUUUUAUGGAGUUUAAUUUACAUAGAUGUUUUUAUUAAGAUUAAUAAGCAAUGAUUUAUAAGAUGAAGCCAUACUAUGCUGGUGAAAUUGCACUAGAAUAUACGGUUAAUGAAUGAAAAUGUGAAGAUGAAAAAAAUAAUAAUAAUUGGAUCACAGUCUAAGUCCCUAACACAACAUGUUACACUAACAUGUCUAUUUGUCCAUGCUGAAAAUAACAUUUGUGCUGAACUUGUUUCACUUACGAAGCCAAAACGGUCACUUCAAUUGGAUACAGAACCACACUGCACGUUUAUUACAUUUAAAUAGUUUUAAAUAGUUAUUUACCUUCUUACACAAGUGUAAACAAGUAAUACUGUAUACAUAUUUUAAUCCAUAAUUUCAUAUCAGUAUUAUUAGCUAGCACAUCAAAUGUACAUAACAUUGUACUGCAAAAUAAUUAACACUUUAAAAUAAUGUGUGCUAUUUUAACCUGUGUAGUAACACUGUAAUUUCUUUAGUAAGAGCAUUUGCUAGGGUAUUAAGAUACAUUUAGUGCUUGGGCAAUUUAAUCUUAAGUCUUACCAAAAGGAAUAUAUAUAUAUAUAUAUAUAUAUAUAUAUAUAUAUAUAUGAAAUUUAACCUUUUAUUUAACUAGAACAAAUUCUUAUUUACAAUGAUGGCCUACCCCGGCCAAAUCCGGACGCGCUGGGCCAAUUGUGUACCGCCCUAUGGGACUCCCAAUCACUGCCGGAUGUGAAGCAGCCUGGAUUUGAAUCAGAUACUGCAGUGAUGCCUCUUGCCCUGAGAUGCAGUGUCUUAGACCGAGUGGUGUACUUUUUACUGAAUUUCCUACAAAGCAAAGCCCAUUUAAGGAACGCUUAGUAUUUCCAUGUAUUUUUAAUAAAGUUUAUAGUGUAAAUGGUCCUAUUUGUUUCAUACUCACAGUUAUGUAUAUUUUGAGUCUGUAUCAGUUCACAAAUGAGUAUCAUUUUUGUUGUGGAGUGAAAUGGUUGUAUUUAAAUAAAAUAAAUGAAUGUC